CCGACGUGUUUUGCGUGCAUUUUUUACAAAAAAAAAGGGAAACGGACCUACGUCUGAGGAACAGUCAAAUCUCGCGUGCUUUAGAUUGAGUAGCGCGUUUCAAGUGACAGUGUCAGGAGCUCAGGACCUCAGGACGGACGCAUAUAGUGCAUUUGGGAUUAAAAUUAUUUGGUGUGUGUUCUCGUGAAUGACAUACGUUUUCGGAUUAUUCUCACAGAGGCAUCGCCAGCAGCUGUCCAUUGCCGAGCUUCGACCACGUUCUGCCGCUUGACGCUCGACGCUUGCUGCAGGCUUGUCCAACAACCAUGACAAGGUCGCUGGAGCACAGCAUACUUCCAAGUCUGCUCGCUGGGAUUCUGUUGCUUCUGAAAGGAAGUGGCGGUGAGACCCCGGUACCAGAUUCAGCGUCAUUGCCGUUGGAACACAGAGCCGUAUAUGGACCAUCAUUAUCCAGCCCAGGCCUGGGGUUACUCCAAGGAGGGGGUAUAGGAGGAGGAGGUGGAGGAGGAGGAGGUGACGAUCCCUGGCCCCUCGCCACUCCAGAUAUGCCGCAGAUCAAACACUUGCAGGUGCAGUGUGAAAAGACCCACAUGAGGGUGAACAUAGAAUUCGACCGACCGUUCUAUGGAAUGAUCUUUUCCAAAGGCUUCUACAGUGAUCCGCACUGCGUACAUCUGAAACCUGGCACUGGACACUUGAGCGCUACUUUUGAAAUAUUCCUGAACAGUUGUGGAAUGUCGUCUUCGGCCAAUCACAAUGCAGCCAGUUAUGGUGGACCUACGCCUAGUGGUAGUUACGUCGAGAAUACAAUAAUUAUCCAGUAUGAUCCAUACGUCCAAGAAGUAUGGGAUCAAGCAAGGAAGCUAAGGUGCACUUGGUACGACUUCUACGAGAAGGCAGUAACGUUUAGGCCUUUCCAAGUGGACAUGCUUCACGCUGUUACAGCAAACUUCUUGGGAGACAACCUGCAGUGCUGGAUGCAAAUACAAGUAGGCAAGGGACCAUGGGCUUCCGAGGUUUCUGGCAUAGUGAAGAUUGGUCAAACUAUGACGAUGGUAUUGGCAAUCAAAGAUGACGAGAACAAAUUCGACAUGCUAGUACGAAACUGUGUGGCCCAUGAUGGCAAACGGGCACCAAUCCAACUUGUUGACCAGUAUGGAUGCGUAGUUAGGCCGAAAAUUAUGAGCAAAUUCCAGAAGAUCAAGAACUUUGGACCAUCGGCUUCUGUGGUCUCAUUCGCUUACUUCCAGGCCUUCAAAUUCCCUGAUUCUAUGAAUGUGCACUUCCAGUGCGUCAUACAAGUCUGCAGAUACAACUGUCCAGAACCAAAAUGUGGCGGACACUCCUUGGGGCUAGCCAGUGAGUACGGAGCACCAGCCUUAGGGAAUGGAGGUGACUUCGGCAACCAUAUUGAGAGCGUUGCUAGUGAAUAUGGACCACCUGCAGCACCUUCUGGAGACUACGGCCUUCCACCAGCCUUCCCAGAUCCAAGACAUCCUUCGGGACCUACUGGUGCUUAUUCCGAGAAUCAGCCUGAUGUGGUUCCAGUUCCUCAAGCUCAGACGUCCUCUUCAUCUACUUCGAAUCCUCCGAAUCUAUCUUCGCCAGCUCCUCAAGUCUCAGCUCAAACUGGAAACGAGAUCAGGUUGCCUCCACCACCUCCUCCAGGACACCAAGGUAUCUAUAAUACCGUCAAGAGGAAAAGCAGUGAUGAAUUUGAGGUUCUUGGUGGAAGGCCAAGAUCAGUGGAGAACCUGCCAGCAGAACUUCAAGGAGUCCGCAGACGUCGUAGUCUUGCAGACCAUGAGCCAAUGACAAUAGUUGUGAGCCACGUGUACAAACGUGAGGCCCAGGAAAUGACAGAUGUCAACACAAGCAGGACCAUCCAAGUAGUGGCGCCUGGUGACGUCAACUUCGCUCUCAAUUCUGCACAGAACAAUGAAACUGUCGUCAUACAAUCAGCUUCAUCCCAGGACCCGGAAACCAUCUGUAUGUCAGUGCCUAGUUUCGUAGCUGGGUUAGUUAUGUUGCUGUUGGUAGUGAUCGUUGCUAGUUUAGUGGCCGCAUUUUUGUUUGUGAGAGUACGAGCGAUACACAGAAAAGGUAUCGGACAACCUUUCGUAGGAUCCAGGGGGUACGAUAAUGCCGAGUUCGUCAAAGUAGCUAACUGACAGUGAUUCUGUAAUCAUAGGAUGCUUUGAAGGAUUUCCGUAGACAUGCAACGAAUAAGUAGAGCAGACCCUCUAUGUCAACUAUCUUCACUCAGUCAAAAUGUCUAACGAGAAAAGUCUAUCUACUCGUUACGCCACACCCCAUAUGACAUUCCCUGGAUAUUUCACAAAAUCUGAGUAGUCUUUUGACAUCAUAUGUAUAAUUUUCCAAUCCAUUGGAACUACAAGGAUUCAAAAAUAAGAUUAAGUCACUCGUCUCGUCACUAGUUCAGCUAGAUAAGUUUGGCGAUAGUUCAUUGGCUUGAUUAAUAAGCUUCGCAACCGAUAUGUAUUCGAAGUUUUGGCUAUGAUCGGAGCUUACAUAACGAUGCGCUGUUGCCAGAUCUGCCAGCUGCGUUACUCCAGGGAUGACGUCACAGCAUUGGAGUAUCUAUGACAUAACCUAAUCUUUAUAUACUCCUAAUUCGUUGCUAUACGUGAAAUCAUCAAGGUAUUAUAUCUCUAAUAAAGGACUGAUUGACAACGCCCUUUUGUCCCCAAAGAUGUUAACAGUGAUUGUUUAUGUAUCACGAAAGUGAUAAAAGUAGUCGCGUAGCGACAAAUUGUCUACCAGUUUACUGGUCUAAAUCACAGAUGUGAAUUUAUUAAGGAGAGGUCAAAAGUCAGAGACCAUUUAUGUAAGAAGCUAUCUUUCUAUCGAGGUAUUGAGCAAAAAACGUAGCCUAUAAUAUCUGUCUGGUCAAACUGUAACCAUAAAGAAUCUUGAAAUCGUCAGAUUUUGAAACUCUGGAGGCAGACUGUCUAGAUUUUUUUUUAAUAGCAAUUGUUAUCCUUAUGCGGUUCCCUGAUUUUAUUUGUUCUUAGGUUCAAUUCCUUGAAAAAAUUAGAAAAAGUAGCCGACCUAUCUGUAUUUAAGGAACUCAAAAAUGGCUUCUACACUGUGUCCUGGUUUGUAAUCGAGAAGCCUUGUAGGGUAAUGGAAUCCGCGAAAAUCGAAAAACUAAUAGUUUGUACAGGUUCAAUCACAAAUCAAAGGCACUACGCUACAAACCGAACAUUUUGUAUAUAGCUAAAUCAAUAUCAAUUGCUAAAAGGUUGAGAUUGUACCAACAUUUCAAUGGUAAGUCAUGUAAUCAGUAGUUACUUUCAAUAUUGCAGCUAAAAAUCAACUAUUUUUAGAUUUAAAUACAAGCCAAUAUGCUUCUAGCAUUUUUAAUAUGGCUGUGUAAAUUAUUAAGAUUUUGUGCAUAAAUAACAAAACUAAAGAAUACAAUUUCAUUGUAGUUUGCUAUUGUUGUAUAUUAAAUCUACUGCACACAUAUUCUACACUUUUGACGCACAUAUUAUGACAUAUAGAUCUUCGUACAAUAACUUCUUUUUCAGAUGACAGGCCAGAGCACUGAUUUUUUCAUCUUUCAUAUUUCUGUCUUAAUUUUAUAGGAUGCAAUUUGCGGCAGUAUUUUGGUUUUUAUAGGUUUAGAAACGAAACAGUCUGGGAGCCUUACUUAUAAUUCGAUAAUAACUGUUUACUAACUACAAUUGAUUCCAAGAUGUAAUACAGGGUGUUACAGAAUAGUGACAGGAAAACUGAAGAAUAGACUCAGCACAUUCAAAUAUAAAGAAAAUUCAUAUGAAUGGUUUGUUCCUAUAAUGUUAUCCGUUUUUAAUACUCCAUCUUAGAUUUGGCGGAAGGUGAUUGAGAUAUUGAGAUGAAUUGUGAACUCAAGCUGGCUCUAUUUUAAUGUGCAUAGCAAAAACUACAAGAGACACUUUUCAAACAGAAUAAUAUGUAUUUGGCCUAGUAUCUUAGAAACGGGGAAUUACCGGAAAAAUAUAUGCUCUUACUGAUGAUAUUCGGUAACACCCUGUAUGUCAUAGGCAAAGCUAACACUUACUGGAACCUAGGAGUUACUACUCGUAAAUUGUUAAGUAACUGGCGUUUCUAGUAGGAAUUCAGAAUUUUUUUGCCAAACUGAGAAGCCCCAUAUUUAAAUAUACAAUUAUCGUACGAACAUAUCUAUUUCUACAAGACCUAUCAGCGGAGAAAAGUAACGUUAAAAUCUCGUAACCAAUUAUUUCUCCAUAAAACUUAAUUUAAUUCAGAAUACUUUCACAGUUAAACCAAUUAAGAUGCAGGAUUGUUCAUUCACAGCUCAUCAACCGCACAUAUUUGUAUGCAUUUCGUUUUUCUACUAGGCCCCAAUUAACGUUCUUUCCAUGUUUCAUCACAACCUGUCAUGUUUAUUCAACAACAAAUCUAUCUCUUUCGGAACAUCUGUCUCACAGAAAACAAACGUUAUGACUUAUGACCCAAAUUCAGUUAUUUAUUUUGUUGAUAAGUAUAACACACACAUAGCUAUAUUGCAUGCAAGUGUCUUCGUAUCAAAGGAUAAUUUGAAUAAGCAGAAAAUCCAUCCACAAAAUAAAUUCCACGACUUCUCAAACAUAAUAAACGCAACAUAAUAUUUUCCCCUUAAAAAACAAAUCUAUUUGAAAAAUAUAUUUUUAUACACCAAUCGAAAGAAUGCGCGUGUGGCACGCAAGUUAACAUUUUCCAACGACCGAUCGUAAAUAACAGUUUUGCUGCUCUACAGCGACAAUGUUGCAAAAGCGCUCGGAUCGACGACGAUGCGCUUUGACAUUUCCAGAAUGUCAGAUGUCAACUUUCUUGUUACUGUUUUCAAUAAAUCUACUUAUUUCAUGAACAAUCAAGACAGUAGGGUAAAAUUGUGGUUGUGUAAUGCUUCAUUUUGAUGCUUCCUGUGGGUACUUAAUACCCGUAGAAUAUAAAAUCACUAUCAUCCAAAAUGACGGACUGGCAAACUGUCAAUGUUGAGCGUUUUUAUAUAUCAAAUCGGUUGUAGCUCAACAAGGAAUUGUUAAAAAUUCUCUUGGAAAGGUCUAUAUACGAAUAUGUAAUAAAAUUAUGUGAGAUAUCCCGUUAAAAAGAACUGUCAAAAUCUAUCAAUUUUUUUGAAAGGGAUAUUGGAUAUUUUUUCACACUCAAAUAUACAUUUCCAAAAAAAAGAUUGUACUGUAACACUUUCAAUCCACAAAAACCCUUAAAUUUGACUGCCCACCAGUCCACCAUUAGCAAAUAUAGUUUAUAUUCUGGGGCUAUAAAGUAUUGAUCAGGAGCUUUAAAAUGGGGUAUCACAUGACCACCAUCCGCUUAAGAAUAUAUUCCAAGAUAGCACCAGCCACCAUGACACUUUCAUCUGUCACAUUUAUUUACGUUAAAAUAUCGUGUCUCAUCCCGACUUCCAGCAUGCUAUCUUGAUCCCUUUAAAAAUAAAUAGAAGAUCUUUUUGCAAAGCAUUGUUGAAUGAGUAUGUAGCUUACAAAUAUUUUGCAAUCUGCUUGUUCAAGUCAACCUAUGGUAUUGUCAAGGUAAGUCUCCACAUUUACAAAAAGAUCAUUUGUGUAUUAGAUUUUUAGCUGGAUAUGGCGUACUUUUCCCUAAACACUGUAAAUGUGGGAUGUUCCCUUGAAUGCUGAAUGUAUUUUAAGAAUUAACUAACUAGAACUGAGCUCCAUCAUGGAGUCAUUUUGCUCACUGCUCAAUAUGAAGAGAAUUGAGGGCAGUACCUAGUCUUAUAGUAAGUAUUUAUCAAUGUUAAUGCGAAUUUAUUUAAUCAAACCUAAAACAAGGUCCAACUUCCUUAUCCGUAUUUCACUCUGCAAAUACACGGAAAAUGUUGCUCUUUUGGAAAAAUCGACUUAUCUAUGUUAUUGAGUUAAUUUUUUUAAAGCAGGAUUACACUUAUGUGGACCCCCAAAGUUAGAAGGGUUCCUUCACUUCAAAUAAUUAUCUCCUGAAUUUUGGACAGCAUCGAUAAAUAUCUGCGAAGAAACUCCUGACUCUUAAAUACGCCGCUAAAAGCAAAAAAAAAUAGUCUAAAAAGUAUCUUCACAUCUGUUCGGAAAAAUAUUUUGAUUAGUUUUUUUUGGACUUGUCUUUUGAACUCUUCUCUAAAGUUGAUAGUUUUAAAAAUAUAGUAAAAAAUAAUCGAAAAGUGAUAUUGAGCAGAUGCAAAGAUACUCCCUGGACUAUCUGCAUUCUUUCAGUUUAUCACUGUACAGCAAUUACGUUUGUCAGGAUAUGUUACAGAUACGGAAGUUAAACCAACAAUACUCAAACAAAAAAUAGAAUCUCGCGUAAUUUUGGUCAGUUAUCAUUUCAUGAAUGGACACUAACCUAUAUUUAUUUAUUUAUUUUUCUUAAUUUAAGUUUUCGCCUUUUCUCGAUUAUUCGCAGUAUUACCUUUAUUUAUUUGUAUCUUUUAAGCAUAUUGCGUAUUGUCUAACAAGCUGAUUGAAAUUGCCUUACAUUUGUCUUUGAGAGCCUAACU